AUGGAGUCUGUGGGAACUUUUUUUGAUGAAGAAUGUCAAUCUUUGAGCAGAAUGUUCUUUACUGAAAAUUCAGAUUUCUUGUUUCAAUUGCAAUGUGAUCAUCCUUCAGCCUUAACUUGGCAUGAUCAAGAAGCUAACAAGAAUGUGACUGACAAUACAAACAUUGAAGGGAGUUUUUACUCUUCUCCUUCUCAUACUUUUAACAGUAACAUAGAGUAUUUUUCUCAAGAAAAUAGCAAUGACAGCAGAGGAAGUGAUGGUAUGUUUUUUCUCAACAAUACAAGUCAUGAGUAUCUGCAACAUUAUAAUGGUGUUACUAACCUCCUUCAAGUAACAAACAACCACCCUGAUGAGUCCACUGAUUUUUACAUGAUGGGCCACAAAAAUCUUGAAAAUUCAUCGGUUAAUCCAGCGUUUCAAGACGACGAUUUCAUGAAAGAAAUGGUCAGCCUGAAAGAUGACAUAGGCAAGGAAAUGCUGCUAAAGAGGAAGUUGCAUGAAGUAGAACUUCAAUCAGUAGCAGAGGAUCAGAAAUUGGAGGAAACUAAAAAUCCCAAGAAAUCAAAGGUGUCAAGAGAGGGACCAAAAAAUAAGAAGAGUGCCCAGCCAAAAGUAAAAAAGAACCACAAAAACAUCCAAAUUAACAAUGAAGAAGUAGGAGAUCAGCAAGAGACUAAUAAUGCAGCAAAUUGUAAGAGUGGACAGAGCAUAAGUAGUUGUAGCUCUGAGGAAGAUUCCAAUGCUUCUCAGGAAUUAAACACAAAUUCUGACACUAAAAGCAACUUUAAUAGUAAAACAAGGGCCAGCAGAGGGACUGCAACAGAUCCCCAGAGCCUUUAUGCAAGGAGAAGAAGAGAGAAAAUCAAUGAAAGAUUGAAGAUCCUGCAGAAUCUUGUCCCCAAUGGCACAAAGGUUGACAUAAGCACAAUGCUUGAAGAAGCCGUCCAAUAUGUGAAGUUUCUGCAGCUACAAAUUAAGUUACUGAGCUCGGAUGAUAUGUGGAUGUAUGCUCCAAUUGCUUACAAUGGAAUGGAGAUGGACCUCUCUCAUACCUAGUUUAUGAAUUUGGAAGCAACAAUAUGCCAUUUUCUUUUAAUUAUUUACCUACAAGACAUUAAGAAACCAAUAUGCUGACUAUAUGU